AAUCGAACUGUAGAGUGAUACAACUUAAUAGACAUUUACUGUCACUCUUGAGACGUCAACAGGCUUGAGAUAACAGGCUUUCUACUCUAAAAGUGCUGGUGGUUAUCAUGCUUGGAGAACCGUUCCUUCAUAUUUUGAACUGCACAGAAGAUACCACAAAUUGUGAUGGAGCAGCUCACACACACUCACAUACCUCAAUGGCCAAUCCCGACACCUGUACAACUAGCGUCACUGCCCGAUCAUCUCUGAAACCACGAACUGUGAGAGAAAAUCCAGGGCCUUGUCGGGCCUCUGCACCCAGCAAUGCUAUGCCCAUUCUCAGCUGUAGCGGUGAGGAUCACUUGGGCAUGACACUAUAUGGUUCCUGGUGCUGUCCCAGCUUCUACAAGGACUAUCCGGACCUCCAACUUGCAGGUGACCAGCUAGAGAAUUGGAGUCCUCAUAACCCUGCCAUUCUCAGCUCACAGGACAACAGGCCACUGCUGCAGUCUCAGGACCUGAUCUCACUGGAGACCUCUCUGGCACAUGGUCAACAGGCAGAGGCUGUGACCCAGCGGGAUGAGGGUUAUCUUGUUAUAGAGAGUGGUCAGAGUCCUAGCUGGGAGAGAAGGCUCACCAACUCCAUGUUGAAUGGUUAUCUGGAGAUCCAAAUGCUGGAGGUGUUUUGCCAGCACAUGCAAAACAUGGCAUGCAGUGGAUCAUCAUUGCUUGGCACUGAUGUCAUGCCAACAAUGGUGCACACUAGCCUUACUGUACCCAGUGAACAGAGAGCCAAUCAAGAAGAGGCACUGUAUUCUUCAUCAAAUAAUGUUGUGCGGUACUUGAGCACUUAUUCAGCUCCAGUCACUUCCCACUUCAGCUCACCAGUGCUGCGAAUUUCAGAAGCUGAGGAGCCAACCUCAUAAACAUACAUGCUCAUCAUGACAUCCUCACUCCAACACACUACAAGUAUUUAAGGGUGAACACAGCAUGCAAGGAGUGCUACUUGAGUGUAAAAUAAUUCCCACUGGUGCUCUUUGGAUAAGGGAUAUACUGUUCAAAUGUUCUAGUAGUCCAAGGCACCCAGAGUAGGGUAUACAUUUAAAAAAAAGCCUUUAUUAGGUCAUGGCUUCUGGAUUAAAACAUACCACAAAUCGACGUGUUGCGUCUUACAAAGACUUCAUUGGGGAUGAUUUGCAAAAAUCACUGUUACAGUGAGGCACUUACAAAGGAAAAAAAUACACAGUGCUAAAAGUAAAGCCACAAGACUUAAGGGUAAGUUCACACAAAAAUUAAAUUCUGUGAUAAUUUACUCACCCUCAUAUUGUUCCAAAUCUGUAUGACUUUCUUUCUUCCAUGGAACACAAAAGAAGAGGUAGAAUGACACCCUUACUGUAAGCCCAGUUCACACCGCGAACAACAUUGUUGCUUGGUGUCGCUUGUAGUGCAUGCACACUAUCAAUACAAGCCAGGAAAAUUGUGUUUUAGCGUAAUAUUAAAGAAGAACAAUUUAUGAUAUUGUCAGAUUUUAUUGCUUAUUUGAAAUACUGUAUGUUCUGACGUUACCAUGAUCUUGAACA